CAUCAGGUUUACUAAAGAUCUGGUGAUCUGUGUUUACAGUGAACUCCUAGCUAACAACAUGGGCAAGGCACUACAUGAAGAUGACUUGUUCUCUGAGCUUUUGAUGUUUGAAGGGCCCACUCAAAUGUUUGUACGCCAGGAAUUCUACCUGGACGUGCUUCAUCACUUCUCUCAGUGCGCAGCAAAGAACAACCUGAAAAUAUUCCUGAAAUUGGAUGGCUCCAGCACCUUGGAAUUGACCUGGGACUCUACUAGCUCCACAACCAUCACAAAAGCUGAGAAGACUACACUGAAUGCCCUCAGCAAAUUAGUGAACAGCACAGUGAUGGAUAUCAUCAAUGAAGUCACUGAAAAUCCUCUACGGACUGCAGAGAUCGUCAGGCAAGGGAAGAAAGCAGGUAUGCAAUCCAGUGAUGCUACUUCCAGAUGCUUUGAGCACCUGGAUGAGGCGGAACUGUUGGGAAGAAGAUCUCCCAAACCUGAUGUGAUGCCUGAGAAUGAAAUGCUCAGUCUAAGUGCUGGAAGGAAGGACGAAGCUGAAGAAAAAGAGGAAGAGAUAGACAUUGAGGAAUUGCUUGGGAAGGAUGCAUCUCCAGCUCCCACUGAGAGAAGCAGUCAUCAUACCCAAGAAAGCAGACUACAUAGUGCUUCUAUAAAGCAUGAAUGUAGCUGUGGUAAUGUUGACCAGGGUCUUUACUGUCAACCAGACUGUCAGCACUGGGCAGUUGAGGAAAACAGAAAUUCCACUAGGAGACCUGAAACACCAAUGGAAGUAACCCCUGAGGCCUCUUUCAUUUUGCCAUACCACCUUAUAGAGAGCAUUGUUGAAGGACUUGUUUCACAGCUUGAGGCUACAUUUGAUGUGAACAUCCCCGGCAUCUACCUGUGUGACAGACUUGUCGACAACGUGGUAAAGGGACUGGAAAAGCUUACAGAAAAGAAAAUUAUUCAUGGCAGGUCUAGACAACACUGGUCUACCAAUGAUACUACUAUUUCAAACAUUGUUGAUGAAGCCCAUGACAUCCUGGCACAAAAGAGGUAUUUGAGGGCGGCAUGGUAUGAGGAUGAGAUGGCUGUUGCCUAUAUGACAGUUAUCUUGUCAGCAGUCGUCUUUGACUACACCAUGGUGCAUGUGAAGGCACAGACGAGUGACUGUACGCCAUAUGGGUCAAGGGCUGAGUCCUGCAGUCCCGUGAACAGUGAGAAAGAACUGAUCCAGGCAUGUGCUUCAACAACUGACAGUGACGAUUCAAGUACUGAAAUGAGGCCUGGAACUUACCUGGUUGAGCGAGAAGAUUCGGAUCAGGGAGACAUAGAUGAAGAUCUCAUUGAGGAGAGAAGAUCUCCCAGUCUGCCUCCCAGACAAGAAACACCUAAAGCAAAGAGAGGCCGCUCUUUGCUUUCUCGUAUCCGAGCCUCCCUAUCCAGAAUCUUCAGGAGAAAAAAAUAGAUGCCAAA